UGCCGCUGCUCGGCCACUGCUGAGAACAGCUGAUGGACACAUAACGUGGCCAACGGCUGCACCUAUGAAGCGGGCAGAGUUGGAAACAUUUGUUGAUUUCUUCCCUUCGCGAUUUUUCUCCUCAACUUCGCGUGUCUCUAUAAUGUGAGAAUGGCCAAGCGACCGGGGACUGACGACGGGAUGCUGAUUUCGCCCACCAUUCAGCGGGACUUCGCCGUCGAUUUGAACGCCGGGGACGUCAACAUGGAUUGUAGCGAUGGAGUCGAGGAGCUUUCCCUGGAAGAAAUUCUCACCUUGUACAGCCAGCCGAUUAACGAGGAGCAGGCAUGGGCCGUGUGCUAUCAGUGCUGCCGGACUUUAGCUCGGAAACACCGGAGGAGAAACUCCAAGGCAGCCGGUGCUUCAGCUAUCGACCAUCCGAGAAGGAUUGAAGGACCCGGGGAUGUCAGGAUCCGGAGAGACGGGACGGUUGAAUUGCACUACCAAGACAGCACAGAUAAAUAUAGAUCGGCCCACACUUCAUUAGAGGUGAUUGAUUCAUUGGGCAUCAUGAUCUACAAGGCUCUGGACUACGGCCUCAAGGAGAACGAGGAGCGUGAGCUGAGCCCACCCCUGGAGCACCUGAUCGACCUGAUGACCAACACUGCAGAGGCCGAAAGUGACCCCUGUCCCGAUGAGGGUUACGAGGCCACUGAGGAAGAGGAUGAGGAUGAGGACGAGGACGGCGGUGAAGGCGAGGGCGAAGGCGAGGAGGACCCUGCCUCUGCCACGACUGGCAGCACAGUCAGCGGCAUACGCAGCUAUCGAGACAUCAUUACGCUGUGUUCCUCACACCUACCCAGUCCCUCAGAUGCCCCCAACCAUUACCAGGCUGUGUGCCGCGCCCUCUACGCCGAGACCCGGGAGCUGCGCACCUUCCUGGAGAAGAUCAAGAGUGCCAAGGAGAACCUACGAAGGAUGGAACGUGAGACUCGGGAGGAACCUGUUAAAGACCUCAACGAGCUGCAGAAUGCAGAUUGGGCACGUUUCUGGGUGCAGGUAAUGCGAGACUUGCGGAAUGGUGUGAAGCUGAAGAAAGUCCAGGAGCGACAGUACAACCCUCUGCCCAUUGAAUACCAGCUCACACCCUACGAGAUGCUGAUGGACGACAUCCGCUCCAAACGUUACAAGCUGCGGAAAGUCAUGGUGAAUGGAGACAUUCCUCCAAGGUUAAAGAAGAGUGCCCAUGAGGUCAUUCUUGAAUUCAUCAGGUCGCGACCUCCUCUCAACCCUGUAUCGGCCCGUAAGCUGAAACCUCACCCCCCACGGCCCCGGAGUCUCCACGAGCGACUGCUGGAGGACAUUAAGGCUGAGAGGAAGCUCAGGCCUGUCUCACCAGACAUGAUCCGCAGAAACCGCCUGGUUAUGCGGCCGCUUAGCAUGUCUUACAGUUUUGACUCAUCAGGCUCAGGGAAAAGCAUCAGCACACCUCAGGACUUGUUCCGCAGCUCAGAUAUGAACACCCCUGAUGCUCCCAGGAAGCUGGCUGUCAGCACGCAGUCCCUGGCCAGUGGAGCCACGGCGCCGACUCAAGCAGCGGGCGGAGUGCAGCCGCUCAGUCAGAGGAAAAGGCUGCUCAGGGCACCUACCUUGGCCGAACUGGACAGCUCCGAGUCAGACGAGGAGGCCACACAGAGCAGCUCCAGCAUGGUGACGUCUUUGCAGGAGGAUACGUCUCCUGAGAGUGAUGUGGGGAAGAAAGCUCCCCCAAAGUUCCUUCCCAUCUCAGCCACGCCUCAGCCAGACAAGCGGCAGUCUCCACAGAGGAGACACUCCAUUGAGAAGGAGGCCCCCACCUGUGUCCGUCCCUUUGUGGCCCCCUCCAAACAGACCUCCAAGUCUUUGCUGAUGGCGGAUCCCAGCACCAAGGUGGAAGUUGCCAGCGGUGCUCAGGGCACGGAGGAGUUCUGCUACCCAGUGGAGUGCCUGGCUCUGACGGUGGAGGAGGUGAUGCACAUCAGGCAGGUUCUGGUCAAGGCUGAGCUGGAGAAGUUUCAGCAGUACAAGGAUGUAUACACUGCCCUCAAGAAAGGAAAGCUCUGCUUUUCAUGUCGGACUAAGAGGUUCUCCCUCUUCACAUGGUCCUACACCUGCCAGUUCUGCAAGCGGCCUGUGUGCUCUCAGUGCUGUAAAAAGAUGCGGCUGCCAUCGAAGCCCUAUUCCACCUUGCCCAUCUAUUCGCUGGGCUCCGGUGCCAUACUGAAGGAAGAGGCAAGCGCAUCCUCCUCCUCUACUCCUGCUCCUGCUCCCGCUCAGCCAGAAAAGGCCCCAUUUGGGUCCUCACACAACCGUCACAGCCUACGUCGGACGGUUUACAAGUUGUCCAAGCACGGCAGCAGUAGCAGCAAGGAGGGCCGCUCGCUGGAUGAACCAGAGCUGCCCAAGGAGAUGACUGAGGACUGGGCCUCCAUGGAGGUCUGCGUGGACUGCAAAAAGUUCAUCACGGAGAUCAUCUCCUCCAGCAAGCGCAGCCUGUCUGUGGCCACAAAGCGGGCCCGCCUCAAUCGCAAAACCCAGUCCUUCUACAUGUCGACUUCUAGCUCGGUGAACUUCAGGCCCAUGGACCGCACCAUCAAUGAGGUGUAGGAGCCACCACGUGUUCUUCAAUCCUUUCGUUCACCCCCUCCCUUAAAGGAUCUUGCCUGAGUCGGUUGACGAACAAAACAUCGUAUUCGAUCUAGGUUGAAACUGACAGGUCAUUUUUAGCCUCACUUCAGUGUUUAAGAGAAAAAUCAAAAGUGACCAUGACCCCAGUCCAUCACCCCACCACCCCAAAGUUAGUAAGGUUGGUAUACCUUACCCCCUCUCAGGAAAAGUUGCUUUGUUGUGAUGGUUGUGAAUAAGACCAGUGGUCAGGACCCUGUUGUUAUAAUACUUUUAGCUGCCAGAUAACAAUGGAGAGACCCAGUUUUCUGUGAGCGUCGGUCAUGAUUCAGGGCAGGGUAUCGGUGGGUAACAUGGAUAAAUCAAGCUGCUGAUGUCACAGAUGAACCAAGUAGGAGUAUGUACAUUUAAAACAAGUGGGAAGGGCUGCGGUUCUUCCAGUCAGAUGUUGACAGAGAUAAAGUGUAAAUAGCAUAAAGGCCCUACCCAAAUCUUGGCUGUACAUACGUUUUCCAGUUCCUGUUUACUGCUAGCACUCAGGAAGAACAACCGAUUGUCUUUUGACAGAAAUGCACUGUAGAUCCACUCGUCAGGUCUGCUGGGGUAGUCCUCUGCCACUCCCCCGCCCUCCCUUCCCCCCUCCAACACGAUUAUGCCAAAUGUUACAUCAUUUGUUAUUAUUUUUAACCAGUUUCCAUCAAAUGUAGAGAUUUGUCAAACAUAUUUACUGUUCUCUCAGAGGAUGUUGAAAUGACAAGUCGGGGGGCAAGAAUAGUGUGUUUCUGGGUGGGUUUUAGCCACUUUGAUAUGAUGUACAUUAAAAUUGUGUGCCUGGUGCCAAAAUAAUUUCUUCUCUCUGAAUGCCUUUCUAAUUAAGGACCUAUUGUACAUAGUUGUGAUAAAAAUUAAAUGGGGAACAUUACAGGGGGAAAUGAUAUUUGGUUUCCGGCCUUGCCAUGUUCCAAGCUGGGCAAUAGAAGCACAGAAGUGUGGGUUUAUGAAUGUGUACAUGCUGUAUAUCUAAAUUGUUCCAAACCAUGAAUUAAAUCUAAUAAUCAAAAACCUUUACUAAGUGAUGUAAAAAAGGGGGAAAUUUUACUGGAUUUUUUUUAAUGGAAUACUAUAAAAAUCCAGGCACAGGCAUAACUUGAAAGGCCUUCGUUUUGACAUUGUAGGGUAACAACUCAUUUUGACAUCGUCCCACACACACACAAACACACACAGAAGUCAUGCCUGGAUCUAGAUUUUUAUGUUUCCACAUUAGAAGUAUAAUUUUGCUAUGUUUCUUUUAAGUUUUUUUUUUCCUUGUGCCUGUGAAGUUUCAAAUCCUGAUGCGCACCAUUUCAGAGUCUUCUCUUAAACCUUUAUUAUUAGUGUCAUUAUACUUUGUGUCAAUCUAAUAUAAAGAUUUUAUUUUAUUUGUAUUGUCUGUAAAGUCCCUGUUAAGAUACCCCUCUAAAUCUCAAAUAGCACUUUUACUGGAGAAAUGUAUUAUUUAUGUUGCGUUUGUCUUAAUUUCUGUCUUUUCUUUUUUUCUUUUUUUUUUUUUAAUUUUUGUUUUUCACCUCUUGGGGUCCAUAGUGCCAUUUCCUAGGGUUCCUCGUGGAUGAAAGUUUGUGUGAAUGGUGCCAACUUUUAUUUUUUUUGUUAACAAAAAA